GAGAGCGGGGACACUGGGAGGGAGACACAGAGUCCCCCAUGCCCACGUCCUGUCCUUGAGUCGCCACACGACACCCUCCAGCCCGGACGCUGUCGCUCCCUGUCCCCGGCCCCCUCCGCCUCCGCCCCGGCACCCCGUCCCGCGGCCUGGAACGCCAGGGCGGCCAUGCCGUGAGGGUGGCGGGAGCCGGUGCUGGGCACGGUGGGCUCGCGCACCGUCCCUUCCUCGUCCGCUUCGGGCCAGGUCAGAGCAGCGGAGCUGCCAGGCUCCUCCCCCUGGCCCGAUGGAUCCCUCUGCCCCGAAGCCCCACGCGGAAAACGCCCGCAAAGACAGAUGGUAUCCAGGAGAAAGAUGUCUUGCUCCUUCUCCAGAUAAUGAAAAACUCUGUGAAGCAAGCAUAAAGUCCAUCACUGUUGAUGAACAUGGGAAGCCAUUUGCAGUUGUCCUAUAUUCUGAUUUUCAAGAAAGGAAAAUACCUCUUAAAAGACUUCAAGAAGUAAAACCACCUAAAGAAUUCCCCAGGAAUUUUAUAUUUGAUGACGAAGAUUUGGAGAAACCUUAUUUCCCACACCGAAAAUUUCCUUCAUCAGCUGAUGCUUUUAAAUUAUCUGAAAAUGGAGACUCUAUUCCUUAUACUAUUAAUAGAUACUUGAGAGAUUACCAAAGGGAGGGAGCCCAGUUUCUCUAUGGACACUACAUCCAAGGAAGAGGGUGUAUUCUUGGUGAUGACAUGGGACUUGGAAAAACAGUACAGGUUAUUUCAUUUCUGGCUGCAGUUUUGCAUAAAAAGGGAACCCGUGAAGAUAUUGAAAAUAACAUGCCUGAGUUUUUACUGAGAAGUAUAAAGAAGGCAACCCCUGCUUCUGCACCCAAGAAGAUGUUUUUAAUAGUCGCUCCUCUUUCUGUCCUCUACAACUGGAAGGAUGAAUUGGAAACCUGGGGAUAUUUCAAAGUCAUUAUUUUACAUGGUAACAAGAAAGACAAUGGCCUGAUUCGACUAAAGCAGAGGAAAUGUGAAAUUGUUCUGACAACCUACGAGACACUGCGUCUAUGUCUGCAUGAACUUAACAGUUUGGAAUGGUCAGCUGUUAUUGUAGAUGAAGCUCAUAGAAUCAAGAAUCCAAAGGCAAGAGUCACAGAAGUCAUGAGGGCUCUAAAGUGCAGUGUCCGCAUUGGCCUCACUGGGACCAUUCUUCAGAACAACAUGAAGGAGCUGUGGUGUGUUAUGGACUGGGCUGUGCCUGGACUAUUAGGUAGCAGAAGCUACUUCAAGAAGCAGUUUUCUGACCCAGUGGAACAUGGCCAAAGACACACAGCCACAAAAAGGGAACUGGCCACCGGUCGAAAAGCCAUGCGAAGGCUGGCGGAAAAGAUGUCUGGCUGGUUCCUCAGGCGCACCAAGACUCUUAUCAAGGAUCAGUUGCCUAAGAAAGAAGAUCGGAUGGUCUAUUGUUCUCUGACAGAGUUCCAGAAAGCCGUCUAUCAGACAGUAUUAGACACAGAGGAUGUGACUGUGGUGCUGGAAUCUUCUCAGCCUUGCACCUGUGGCAGUGGCCGGAAGAGGAGAAGCUGUUGUCACAAGACCAAUUCUUAUGGUGAGACAGUGAAAAGCUUGUGUCUUAGUUACCUCACAGUUCUUCGGAAGAUAGCUAACCAUGUCGCACUUCUUCAGGUUGCUGGCACUUCCAAGAACCAGGAAACACUUACCAAAAGGAUAUGUGAUCAAGUAUUUUCCAGAUUCCCAGAUUUUGUUCAGAAAAGCAAAGAUGCAGCCUUUGAAACACUUUCUGACCCUAAAUACUCAGGGAAAAUGAAGGUCCUUCAGCAGCUUUUAAACCAUUUCAGGACAACAAGAGACAAGGUUCUUCUCUUCUCCUUUUCCACCAAGCUGCUGGAUGUGCUGCAGCAGUACUGUAUGGCAUCUGGGCUGGAUUACCGACGGCUUGAUGGAAGUACGAAGUCAGAGGACAGACUCAAGAUCGUGAAGGAGUUCAACAAUACACAAGAUGUUAAUAUUUGCCUAGUCUCGACAAUGGCUGGUGGACUUGGUCUCAAUUUUGUUGGUGCCAAUGUUGUUAUAUUAUUUGAUCCAACUUGGAAUCCAGCCAAUGAUCUUCAAGCCAUUGACAGAGUGUAUAGGAUUGGCCAGUGCAGAGAUGUGAAAGUGCUACGGCUUAUAUCCUUGGGGACUGUGGAGGAGGUCAUGUACUUACGGCAACUUUACAAGCAGCAACUUCACUGUGCAGUGGUUGGAAGUGAAAAUGCCAAGCGGUAUUUUGAAGCAGUUCAAGGAUCAAAAGAGCACCGAGGAGAACUUUUUGGCAUCCAUAACCUCUUCAAACUAAGAUCUCAAGGGUCUUGUCUUACAAGGGACAUCUUGGAGAGGGAAGGACAAGUGGAAGCUGGGAUUAUGACAGCCACCACAUGGCUUAAAGGGGGACCUCCAGCACAGAAGGUCAAAACUCACAGAGAGCCUGGCUAUCCAGAACCUGAAGGACAAGAAGGGCCAGCAGAGCCAGUGGCAAGGGAAGUUUGUGAUCUGUCCAGUGACUUUAGUGAUGAUGAGUCGAUGGAAAACUCAGAAAUAAAGACUACUAAAAGCAAAGCACCUGAUUCCAGAAAAGCGCCAGGUUCCUCGGGACAGCUUACUUUACUCCACUGUGGUUUCUCCAAACUUUUUGAGGCAAAAUGUCCAGCAGUGGAGGACAGUGUUGGAACUUCUGCCUCUGAUGACGAAAGCUCUGAUGAACAGCCCACGUGCCUUGUAGCAGAAGCCCAACAUGCUGGUUGUCAAGAAACCCAGAACUCUGUUUAUACUUCAGAACAUCUGAAAUUAGAUAACAUCCUGAAUCCAAGUGAAAAAUGUGUUUUUGAUAAAAGUGAGGUUUUAGAACAGAAUGUUUCUUCUGAGUCUGAUGAUGAGACAGAUUUUGAUGCAGCUGGACAGUAUCACGGUUCACAGAGCGACCCAGAGUCAGGAGAGAGCAACGUCAUCUGUCCCACACAGUACACAGCUCAGAAGCUCCCCAACCAAUGCAUACGAUUUAGGCCUCCUGUAGGCAGAUCUGAAAAGUCUGAAGGAGAAACCCCUAUAAUCUUAAGAUACAGUGGUGACAAUGGACAGACUCGUGACAAACACUCAUCUUCCAAGAAGACUCUGAAAUCUUUUAUGAAAAGAAAAGACCUUGAUGAUGUUAGCGAUGAAUCUGAUGACAUUGACAUAUCUCCCAAGUCAAGAGUAAGAAAACAAAGCGCUCCUACUUCCUUGAGGUUUAAGAGAAAACAGGAAAACAAACAGGAACAGUGUGAUUCUUGUGAAGUAGAGAAGGCAAACCGACCACGGGCAGAGGAGGGCUGCAGCUCUCAGUGUAUUGAUGACUCCUGGUCAUCAGACGACAGUUUAACUGUCAGCCACCUCACUUUCUCUAAACACAGCCUCAGGGCAAAGACUGUAAAAGGCAAAAUUAAUUUCUCCCCUAAAUUGCUGAGCUGUGAGAAGAAAACCAGUGCUUUCCUACCAAGAAAACCAGUGAGCUUUUCAAAUGAAAGAGCUGUCAGUCAAGAACAGAUAUAUGACUCCAUGGAUAAAAUUUUAGAUGGUGUUCAGGAAGUGGCUUACAUUCACUCAAACCAGAAUGUGAUUGGAUCAAGCAAAGCUGAGAAUCAUAUGAGCCGGUGGGCAACACGUGAUGUAUUUGAGUUGAAGCAGUUCUCCCAACUUCCUGCUAACAUAGCUGUUUGUACUCCUAAGACAUUUAAAAAGAAAGUGAAUGCAAAUGCAGUAAAACCUGCAGAGAGAGAACAGCUGCCCCCUGAAGGAAGCUUGCCCUCUCCUCUCUGCGUUCCUCACCCAGUACAGCAGAAGAAGAAAGCAGUCUUCCGCACCAGCCAGACCACCUUCAUUGUCGGAGAAACACCGAAAGGAGUCCGCAGAAAACAGUUUGAAGAAAUGGCCUCUUACUACAACUUGUCUUCUGCAAAGGAAUUUGCAAAACAAGUAGUGGAUGCCCCCUCAGAAGAACGGCAGGGAAUGCUGAAAGACUUUUAUGUUUCUCAGUACCCAGAGCUGAAAGAACUUUUUGAAGAUUUCACUUCAGAGUUUAUCAAGUCUGCCCACAAGGAAGGAGAAAAAGUCAGGAAUACUUCUGAAAACAAAGAAUGUCGUAUGAAAAAAAGGCUGCCCAAUUCUAAAACAUUGUCACUUAAUGAUUCUACCAACAAAAAUUCUCAGAUUUGCAGCCCAAAAGUACAUAAAGGAAAAUCAGUUAAACAUCAGAAUCAUAGUUUCCGUGGGGAUGAGGUACUUUCUGGUGACACAGAAACUAACACCUCACCUGUAAGCUCUCCUGGAGAGAUUGUUAGUGGGAAAAACAGCCGUAUCCCCACAGGUACUGUGGCUCCUGACUCUCUCACUGGCAAGUCUGAGGCCCAGGAGAGGAAGUUGGAAAACUCCAUGGAAGACCAGCAGGCCCUCACAAGCACAGGCAUUUUAAGAAACACACCCCUUUUCAAACUGGAGAACAAAAAGCUAGAAAACCCAGCAUUAAAAACUGCUUCUGUGGAAGGCUUACUUGGUGACACCUCUAUUCUUGAUGACCUCUUUAAAAGUCACAGGAAUAGUCCCACACAACUACCAAAGAGAGUUCUUUCAGAACCAGUGGCAAAAGCAAAACAGAGACCAAAAGAUUUCUGGGACAUCUUGAAUGAACAGAGUGAUGACAAUCUUAGUAAAUUCACUGACUUGGCCACAAUAGAAACACUGUGUGAAAGAGCACCCAGCACUGCAUCUUCCCGCAGUAAAGAAGAGCUGGAAACAUCUCUGUGGAAGUCAAAUGAUAAGUUUUUGUGGAAGCCAUUCGACUGGGAUCAUACUGAUGACAGCACAGCCAGUGGUGAGGAGCACAGGAGCCAUCAGUGAAGUACCCUACCCAGGGUCUGUGAUCUACGCCAGCAGUAAUUUUUGUGCUGUGUGUGUUACCCUCAGUUGUAAACACCUUCUGUCGUCGUCCUUGUUGGUUUUUUGAGGUAGGGCCUUGCUCUAGCCCAAGCUGACCUGGAAUUCUCAGGCUGGCCUCCGACUCACGGCAAUCCUCCUACCUCUGCUCCUGAGUGCUGCGAUUAAAGGCGUAUGCCACCACACCCAGCUACCUAUUUUUGUUAAAUGGCUGCUCAAGUGUUUUUUACAGUCUAAAAUGUAAUCAUGGGGUUUCGUUCCUUAAUACGUGACUUGAUAUCUUAAAAAUGAAUUACAGAAUAACCUAUGUCAUAAAAUGGAAAAGAUUCUUUCUGACUGUGUACUUAUGUGCAUCCAUUUUAGGAUGCACAUAAGGAGGUUUGGAUCAGUCCAGCAUGGAGUAUCCUUCCAUUUUCAAAAAGCUUCAGUUCACACUUCCAAGUCCCAUUUAAUCUGAGGCCACACCAUGCCCCCAAUCACCCAAACAUUGAUGUGUCUUUCUUAGCUUGGAAAGUUACUGUUUUCUCCCCGCUUUAUAUCAAUCAUGUGCUAUUACCAUUAAAUCAUUAUAGAUAAAAGUGGCAAUUAGGGGCUGGAGUGAUAGCUCAUUUGAUAAAGCCCUUGCCACAUGAACAUGAGCACCCAUGUAAAUGCCAGAAGGCUAUGGGUGACCCACCUGUAACCCCAGCACUCAAGAAAGAGACAGAAUCCCCUGGGCACACUGGCUGUCUAGACUAGCAAAAUUGCUGAGCUCUGAGUUCAGGUCAGAAACUGCCUCAAUAAAUAAGGUAGACAGUCAAUGAGGAAGGCACCCAACGUCAACCUCUGGCCUCCAUGCACACAGACAUACUCAUGCACAAACACAAAAAGUUGUAAUUAGUAUAAAAUUUAUGACAAAAUAAUAAAAUAAUUAAUAAUAAUAAAAUAAGCUAAAAAUAAUAAUAAAAUAAGCUAAGAACCAAGAGUUAAUGUGUAAGUCUGUGAGAUAUUAAAAUAAUAGAUUUAUUACCAUUAGACACAAUACCAACACCUCAGCUUUUUCUAUAGGUACUGUGAUUUAAUCAAUACAAAUAAAGCUUUGCAAGGUCACUUUGUAUUUCAUAAGUAGUAGGAAAUGAGUAGACAUUUGACUUUAUUGGAAACAUUUUGUUGAUAUCAUUUAUACCCAAUCUGAAAUGUGCUCAAUGUUGAAUUUGGAAACAUUCAGCUGCCAGGUUCUAGCUGCACAGGUGAAGGAAGCAGGUCUUGUCCGUAAAGAUUCAUGUCUAUGCAGCCCCUAAAACAGGGAAGGCAGGGCCUCAGGCUGGACUGGUCCACGUUCACAUGCGCUGUUGCGAAUUUCCCUUGGAUAAAGCUGGCAGGGCUAUGACAAGGGAGCGGCCAUCCAGAAAGUGGAAGUGAAGCAGGUUGUUCAGAAACCGUUGUAAGAAAACCUGGCUCAGAAGUGGGAAAAAAAUUUCUUAAUGGACUCAAUAGCCAAGGUUUCUCAUUAGAGCAACAUUUUGCCUUAGAGAAGUUUGAGCUAUAUUUUUAUAUGACGACCCAGUAUUUAUGUGUUCUUGCAUAUAUAUAUGAUUAAAAUAAAAUUUGUUUAUGAAAUAA